AUGGACAAUGGCCAGUUCAUCAUGACACUCGGAGACCAUUUCCUGGCUCUUCGCAAGAUCGAAGGCAUUUUGGAGAUCAACCACGGCAACAAGCGACAUGAAUGGGAGUCAGCCGUCAUCGAUCCAAGGGACGCCGCUGCAGCAUCUCAUGACGGAGUCGAUCUGGCUGCCGGCAGCAUCACGGACGUGCCUGAGCACGUCAUGAAGGAGAUCCUGUCCAACAUCGGGGACAUCAGAUCGAUGGUACAGGUCGAGCGAGUCUCUUGGGAGACGCGUAACAUGGUCAUUCAGCGAGGCAUAUGGGAUGAACGACAUGCUGGUACCAUCCCAGCAGAAGCUAUGGCUGCCAACUGGUUGGUUACGCCGGAUUCUCUUCUGGCCCAGGCGAUCAGGGCGUCUCGAGUCGUGGCCGUAGAAUGGCCCAUGCGGCAGACAGAAAAAAAUAUCCAGGGCAGUUGUAUGCGAUGCUGGCGAAGUACAGAGCCAAUCUUAUCUCCUGUUCUGUUGGAACUCUAUACCAUCGACAACAUCGACAAGUGCGUGAUAUCGAUUGGAACUCCGAUAUCUUCGGACGAGGACAGUGGGCUAGGGAGCAGCCGCCGAUGCUGGUGUCAACUGAAUCGCCCAUGUGAAUCCCGUGUGGAUGCUGAGCUAGGGCACAAUCAACGUCAGGUGCCAUGUGCUCGUUUUGGGAUGUCGAUGCCUGUGAUAGAGCAACGUCGUCUUCUUCAACUGCAGUGGUGGAACCAGAUUCUGGCGGUGUUCUUGGAUGGUCAUCAGCUUGGCUCAUUAUCGCUUGCAAAUUGUCAGCUGCCAGAUUGGGCACAAGUUUCCAUUCAUCUCUUCAGCCCAUCGGACGGGACACCAUGCAUCACCAAGAGCCACAUGCUGCCGACAGAGAUGGGGACCGUCGCUCUAGCCCGCCAAAUGGAUUUGCGUGGAGGAGCACUGGAACAGCUGGCAGCCAUCAUCCAUCCGGCUUCCUGGCUGCCGUGUUUCCCAGACAUCAUGUCGCUAGGAACUUGCAGCGUCGGUCUGCGAGAGAUGAUGCAGGAUGUUGGUCCAAAUGGUUUCAGGACGUGGAUCUCCAGCUACCAAUGCACAUCAGCGCAGCGUUUCGCCGUUGUCAUUUGUUUGAACGACUGCUUAAGGCCUGGGCAUCGAGCAUUGCCAGCGUGGCAUGCCCACCUCAACUUCUCCACCACAUAUCCUCGCUAG